CAUUUUGCAAAAUGGGGCACGUAAAAAUGGCGCACUUUUGAAGAUGGCGGAAAAAAACAUAAACACGAGCAGAAAUAACCUUGUUUUUAAGGCAACAUUAUGUUUUAUUCAGGCCAAGACAUAUACUUGAUUUGUUUGACUUGUUAAAUAAUCAAUGAAUAUAUAUUUAAAAACGUUUAACUGCAUGCAAUAUCCUUAAUACCAAUGAAAGCUCUAAAUGCCUUCCCCAAGAAAACGAGCAGUGCAGGCUGCAAAGAACAAAUUAAAGGUGAAAGUUUUUACACCUCCAAGACAGAGUGUACGCAUCAAAGCAAAUGCUGAAAUAAAAUCAGAACCCGAUGAUGAUGAUAUCUCUCCUAAGAAAAAGAAUUCAAAAAAGAAACCCACCAUUAAAUCCAAAGGAAAAACUGUCCAAGCUGCAACGUCUGUUAAGGAGAAAGCAAAAAAGAUAGCGGCAAGCAAGAAAAGGAAGUCUGCGUCUGAUAUUAAACAAGCUCCAAAGAUGUCAGUUUUGGCGUUAGCUGCUGCACGAAAAAGAAAGCUGAAUGGCGAAGAUGAUGAUGAACCUCCUCGAGUAAAAAGAGAAAAGAAAAAGGUGAUUUUUAAAAAGGCUACCAAAAAGAAAGCAAAUAUUUCUAAAAAGCGAUCAAAUCAAUCUAAUGAGUUUGAUGGUGAAGCAGAUUUUAUUAAAGAGGAGGUUGUUGAAGAAACUUAUGAUGACCAACCCAUGGUGGCUGUGAAACAAGAAGAUGAACAGAAAGUUGAAGAAGAAGAAGUCGAGCAUUUUGAUGAAGAUGAAGCUGCAGAGGAAGACGAUCAUAGUAAUCUACUCAUAAAUGAAGAACACCAGUAUAUCGACCAAUUGCAACAGCACCAAUUGAUGAACGAGCAUGGAGAGAUUGAGGUUCCUCAAGAACAAGUACAAGCUGAGCUUCAGCAGGAAAACGAAGAAGAUGAAGAUGAAGCAGAAGAUGACGAGGAUAUCGACGAAAAUUUGUUUUUUGGUAUUCCGGAGCAAAGAUCGCCCGAACUAGCGACGUGUACACAUUGCAAAGGAAAAUUUCGAAAAGAAGAUGUGCACGAACAUAUGUUAACAUGUCCUGAAAGAUAUGUGCAGUGCCGAGAAUGUGGAAAGAUUCUGUCCAAUCUCCAAACUUUAGAACGCCACCACAAGCGAUUCCAUCUGAAGAUACGCGAAGUACCAUGCACGCUGUGCGACAAGAUGUUUAUCGAUGAAGCUGCAGCGAGGAAGCAUUUAAAGACGGUUCACUUUAAAGUGAAAAACUUUCACUGUCCACACUGUGACAAGUCAUUCUCACAGCGCAACAAAUUGACAUACCACGUGCGCACUCACUCUGGUGAAAAACCCUAUUCCUGUGCUGAAUGCGGAAGAAGCUUCUCCUUGCUAUGGAAUCUAAAAACACAUCUUCGAACUCACACAGGUGAAAAACCGUAUGCUUGUGACACAUGUGGCCGACGUUUUACACAAAAGCAAAAUAUGACAUCACAUUUAACCACCCACCGUAAACCAAAAUCAGACAAAAGUUUUCGAACGCAUUUCCCUUCCGAUCUGGACGACUACGACAAUAACGCAAGCGGGAUUAUUUCUACGGAUUUUUCUUCAAAAUCUUCCAAAAACUACAGAGCAUAUGAACAGGCGAAGCAGUUGGGUGCGCAGUCUAUCGGAAGUGGACAUUAUGUGUUGGGUGAUAUGCAGAGCAUCGAAGUCCACACAGCCGGUGAACAGGAAGGCGAGCAAAAUGUUGGCCUCGAGCAUGGUCUUGGCUUGCUGUCAUCUGUCGCGCGUAAAGGCGAUUCAACUGAUGUACAAGUGGAUGGUAUUGUAAAUAUUCCGGAUAGCCAACUGAGUGGAAGCAACCUGGAUCAGGUUGUCGAGGUACUUAUUCGUUCAAACAGCGAGACAGAUAAAACUGGCAACCAACUCAACAGUGGAAAUCAAUCGCGUAUCAUACUUGAUCCCAAUACACAAUCCAUUACAGAUGCAGAUGGUCAGGAAAUACCUAUCGACACCAACACAGCUGCCGGGCUGGCGAAUAUCUUACAGAAUCCCGACGUCCUUGCUGCUAUUAACAACGCUGCUUCCACUAAUAAAUUCAUUGUGAUUGGACCCGUGAGUAUGUUUGACGGCUCCAACGCUCAAUCGAGUGGGAGCGCCACCUUGUCCACCACUGACAGCACUAUUGGAGCAGAGGCUAACACCACGUUUACGCAAGAACAACUAGCUCAAAUCCUUGCACAGCAAGAACAAAACGCUACAGCUAAUCAGGUUUCGUCGCAAACUGUGAACGAUUCCAUAUCGGCUACCACUGCACUUGCUGCCAUGGAGAAUUACCUUCAAGGAGAACAGCCGUCAAGUUCGUUAAGUAAAACUGAACAAGUGGUUAACAACAUUAUGGGGUCUAUACAGCCGGACGGUAAAAGUGGUCCCAGUGCUGUGGUACAAUCAGCCCAAGCUGCUAUUUCACGUGCUUCAAAUCUCACCAUUUCUAUGCCGCCAAUGUCUCAAAACACGUUGACGAUUUCUCCAGCAAAUUUAGCAAUAAAUGCUGAUUCGACACAACGUAUAAAGUCGCUGACGUUAACAACGAACAUCUCGUCAUCAUCCGAAGUAAGUAGUUCAGUGGAUAAUGUUGCGCUACACGAAGCUCAACACAUUGAAGUCUCGGAAAAUAUGGAGGUGCAACAGCAGAUGGAAGCAGAAAGCACAACACAGCCUGUCGAAUUUAACCUUGUGCAGCCUGAAGACGUGAUUGACAACGCAACUGAUGGAGUUGCAGACAGCACAGGUAUGGUGGGAGACCCCGAAAAUGAAGCAUCAAGCAGCGGAGAACCAAUCCUAAUGCUUAGUACCGAUGAGAAUGGCCAACCACAGAUUAUCGUAAGGAUGCCAGAUGGUUCCGAAACAAUUAUGUCAGAUCCAGCCUUAGCGGAAAGCUUAAUACAGGUACCUACUAUCACCAAUGCAGAAAUCGAAGGAGUGAGUGUAAACAACGAGGCUGAACCAGUUCAGAGUAUAUCAAUUGAUCAGAUGACUGGUGCAAUGCAACUACAAUUACCGGAUCAAGGCAUUCCACAACCAAUGGAGCUUCCUACUCAAAGUACCAUGGAGCAGCAGUUCACUGUAUCACAAAGUACGGAAGCAUCUGAACAAAACAUGGCUGAGGAACAGCAACUUCCUGAUCAAAGUCUAGACUCAGUGCCUACUUUACCGAGCGAUAAUGUCGAUUCGAGUGAAAACGUUGAACUGGUAACUCACACGCAACAAGAUGUAAUUACGGAGUCGAGUGACAACAGCAACACGCAAACACCCGACAGUAGUUCCCAGUCUUUUCAAAGAGUCGUUGCCGAAAGUCAUAUCGAUUCAAGACAGGGCGUGUUCGUUAUGGAACAUGUGUCGGGCUCCGAUCAACCUGCUCAAAGCGAUUUUGCAGAACAAAGUAACAUUGACUUUACUGAACAAGAGAACACAGAAUUCACGGUAGACAGUAGUAGUAACAACGAUAAUGCGACAGUAGAUGUUUCCGGUAACAGUUAUUUGCAACUAGAUGAUAUUAGUCAAAGUACGAACGCUGAAGAGCAGGUUAUAAACGCAAGUCAACCUGACGGUGAAACUGUAACUUCGACAGAUCAUUCUGAAACUUAAUUUUGCAUAGUGCUUUCGUCUUGUCCUGAAAGACAGAUUUUUCAGAGAAAAAGCUCUUUUUUACGAAUUCUUUAUAAGAAAAAGUGGAUGAAGUAAUUUUUGCUCUUUAAACUUUAAUUGAGUGAAUUUUCGUACAAAAAGGUUUGCGGAUAGAAGCCCUUGAAACUUUUUUCUAAUAAGUUACCUGUUCCCGAAAGUUUUAGGUACGUUUCGACAUUUUUACGGUUAUAUUAUAGGUUUUGCCGUGUUAAUAGUGUACAAAAGCUUUAAUUAUUCAAUCAGACGUAAUGUUAUAAAUAUUGUUGGAAGAAAAAGAAAUCGUAGUAAAAUCGAGCGUCCGUUAUCCGACCUCGUUACCAGGGAUUUGUUUCCUAAAAGAGAGUCGGAACAAACCUUUCCAUGUGGAUGGUUUUUUCUUUAGUGAUUCUCGCUUCUUUCCUUGGGUGAAAACCGUCGUUAGAAAUUAUUGGCCGCUCGAUUUUCUACGUGUUUUAUCUUAUUAUGGUGCGCGAAGUACAUAUGCGAAAAAAACGUGU